AUGGCAUUUACAUCAAAAAUGGCUUUCCGAAUGAAUUGCUCUGCACAAAGUCGGCCUUCUCUCCUGGAAAACAUAGAUCGCGUUAAGACUAGGUUCCCUUCUUCUUACAAGCCAUUACUGAAAGGGUUGCAGCAACUUCCUGUGCAACUUGAUGUUCCCAAAUGCAUCAAGAACGCUUCAGCCAAACUUUUAGAUGCAUUUGUGGAUUCGACGUUUCAGUUUGCUGACCAGCGCGUUCUUCCUUCUCAGAGUAACUUUGGGCCGGUUGAUGAAUUGAACGAACCUUUCGUUAUCACCAGCAUUGAAGGGAAAAUUCCAGAUGAUUUUCCGGAAGGUGUCUACAUAAGAAAUGGACCAAAUCCACUAUUUGGUGGUCUAAAAUCAACGAACUCCAUAUUUGGAAAGACAGCACACAUUUGGAUUGAAGGAGAAGGAAUGCUUCAUGCUUUAUACUUUGAUAAAGGCGGUGAUGGUGGAAGCUGGACGGUCCGCUACAACAAUAAAUAUGUUGAAACCGAAACGUUCAAGAUUGAAAAACAAAGAAACAAGCCAUCAUUUCUUCCAGCCAUAGAAGGCAGUCCGCCCGCCAUUUUGUUAGCAUACUUGUUCAACAUGCUGCGAUUUGGGAAGGUCAACAAAGAUCUUAGCAACACCAAUGUUUUCGAGCAUUCCGGGAAGUUCUACUCAAUUUCUGAAAAUCACCUUCCUCAAGAGAUUGACAUCUUUUCCCUUCAGACUUUACGCGAUUGGGAUAUCAAUGGAACCUGGCAUCGACCUUUCAACAGCCACCCAAAGAUAGCACCAGGCACUGGAGAGCUGGUUGUAUUUGGAGUGGAUGCAUUAAAACCUUACAUGGAAGUGGGAAUUGUUUCUGCUGAUGGAAAAAGACUAGUUCACAAGGCUGAUCUCAAGUUGAAUAGGUGCACCCUUUGUCAUGACAUAGGGGUUACAGAGAGGUAUAAUGUGAUCAUGGAUUUUCCACUAACAAUAGACAUAAUGAGACUCAUCAAGGGAGGCCCAUUAAUAAAGUUUGAUAAGGAAGACUAUGCAAGAAUUGGGAUUAUGCCCCGGUACGGUGAUGCCGACUCAAUCCGUUGGUUUGAGGUGGAACCAAAUUGCACAUUUCACAUUAUCAAUUGUUUUGAAGAAGGAGAUGAGGUUGUAGUGAGAGGAUGCAGGUCCCUUGAAUCGAUCCUAUCAGAAUCUCUUGGUAUGGAAUUGGACAAAUCUGAAUGGGUUUCAGGAAGACUUAGAAGUAAAGAGCCUGUCGUACAAGAUGCUAAAUAUUCGUCCAAUGAUGAAUUAUUGUUCAGCCGAUCUUACGAAUGGAGAUUAAACAUGAAAACGGGAGAGGCUGUAGAGAGAAAUCUCUCUGGAACUAAAAUCUCCCUAGAGUUUCCUAUGAUCAAUCCAAAUGUCAAUGGUGUAAAAAAUAAAUUUGGCUUCACCCAAACUGUUCAUGAACCAGCAAGUAUUUCAUCAGGCAUGCCAAAAUUUGGAGGUCUAGCCAAGUUGUACUUUGAAGAGACUGAGAAUGAGGAAGGGGAGGAAUCUGAAGGGCAUAUAAAGGUGGAAUACCAUGAAUUCGGGGGAAACACCUUCUGCACUGGAGCUGCCUUUGUCCCUAAAGAAGGUGGUCUAGAAGAAGAUGAUGGCUGGAUUAUCACUUUUGUUCAUGAUGAAGACACAAAUACAUCUAAAGUUUACAUAAUUGACACAAAGAAUUUCACAAGUGAGCCAGUUGCCAAAAUUACAUUCCCCUGCAGAGUCCCAUAUGGAUUUCAUGGAGCAUUUAUGCCAAUCCCAUUGCACAAUUAA